GCGUUGGUUGUGCAACGCAUAAAAACGCUCACAUUGACGCCAUUUUUAAGCCGUCAUAACGGUAGUAUAAUCGAACACGUACACUGUAGCUGUCUGUGUUGGUGUAUGUGCGUGUGUAUCAAUAUGUUUGUGUAUUUCUGUGUGUGGGUGCCGAAGUACAGAGCGUUCGUUGUCGUGCAACGAAGUCGUGAUCGCAGCCGCGUUUCCGUUGUACGCAUUCAGUUGCCAUCGAGUCCUCGAAUUGAACAAAAGUGCAAGGAUUUAACCGUGAAUUGAUGCUCAAGUGAAUGAAUUGAAUAUUACAUUGAAUAAUCUCAUUUAAGUGAGCGCUUCUCGCUUAAUGCCAGACGCUGAACAACUGCAGCGGAUACGUGCUUCACACUGUAAAAUCAACUAGAGCGACAAAGACAACACCAACAAAUAUCUAAAAAAAAAAAAACAAAUUUUAAGCAAACUGUCAAGCCGGUUACCGCCUCUGAAGUGCAUCAACGGUAGCAACGGCAGCAACAAAAACUAAAAACUUGACCGAAUUUCCAAUCAAUUUGGUGUCCCCAAUCUCGCCCAGAGUAUUCGUCGUUGUCGGCUUCAAGAUCGCAAUCGCAAUCGCAAACUCGAUGAUUUAUUCAGCAUAAAUGUGAGAGAAAAAUAGAAUUUGACAAUCUGAGAAAAAAAACGAAGGAAAACGAGAAAACUUAUACCAACACGUUCGACUCCGUGACAAAAACGGUGGUCGAAGCUUUUAGACAGUCGUGUAAACCAUCGAGCAAGAAUUUUGCUGAUGAAUGUGCUGCUGGCUCAGUGAGAGCCAACGGUGCCAGUGACAGUGCAGCUCAAAGUGAAUCGUACUUCGUAUUGUUGCAUGUAAACACAAGCUACACAUUGUACAGACAGCUCCGUGCCCCAGCGUCAGCGGCUCAGUUUGUACACACCACACCAAUACACAGGGGCAAAACUGAUUUAUGUUCUGAAUGGAGACGACGUGUGGACGCAAACUAGCAACGGCAAGCAGACGAAGCUAUUGGGGCUUUAACGUUGGCCAAUAUUUGCCAACAUCAGCUACGAUAACAACAUGGCCAUAAUAAGGCGACAGCAACGAACUAAACGUAAUUCAUGGUUACAAGUAUCCAACAGCCUGCUGCUACAGGUGGUAAACACAAGUAUACACCCAUCACAAAAGUACCGCCAUGAAUGAAACAGAGUGUGAGGAUCUCAUUAAAUCUGUGAAAUGGACGGAGCCGGCGAACCUGAUCUCUUUGGCCAUACUCGAGUUUAUCAACGUAUUGGUCAUUGGUGGCAAUUGUCUAGUCAUUGCCGCCGUCUUCUGUUCAAACAAAUUACGUAGUGUUACCAAUUUUUUUAUUGUUAACUUGGCCGUUGCCGAUUUACUGGUGGGUCUGGCGGUGCUACCAUUCUCGGCUACCUGGGAGGUGUUCAAGGUUUGGAUAUUUGGUGACGUUUGGUGUCGCAUUUGGUUGGCAGUAGACGUCUGGAUGUGCACGGCAUCGAUCCUGAAUCUAUGUGCCAUAUCUUUAGAUCGGUACGUGGCAGUCACGCGACCCGUCACCUAUCCAAGCAUUAUGUCAACGAAGAAGGCCAAGUCGUUAAUUGCCGGCAUUUGGGUACUCUCAUUUGUAAUUUGCUUCCCGCCUUUGGUGGGCUGGAAAGAUCAAAAGGCCAUGGUACAGCCGACCUACACACGGGGAAACUAUACGCUUUACUAUGCCACCACAAUGUCAAGCACACAGGAUGAGCAACUAGAUGUAGAUAGAAUUAAGCAAAAGGAGGAGCAGGAUGCUGCUGCCUCCUUGUUAACUAAACAUGGCAGUGUCAAUGGCAAUGGUAAUGGCAAUGCCUACAAUCCAUACGAUCCCAACUUCUCGCCAAUCGAUGACUCUGCUGAAAUACAUAUUGCAGCCAUGACGACAACAAGCACAAUUUCGCCUAGCACCGAAAUGGAUUCUAAUAUGUUAAAUGCACCAGUAUUGAAUGUGCCACAACCGGCAACAAGUUGCCCCUGGAAAUGUGAGCUUACCAAUGACAGGGGCUAUGUGCUCUACUCUGCAUUGGGCUCCUUCUAUAUACCCAUGUUUGUAAUGCUCUUCUUCUAUUGGCGUAUAUAUCGAGCGGCCGUGCGCACCACGCGUGCAAUAAAUCAGGGAUUCAAGACCACGAAGGGCAGUCCACGCGAAUCGGGGGGCAACAAUCGCGUUGAUGACUCUCAGCUAAUACUGCGCAUCCAUCGCGGUCGGCCUUGCGGCACUCCGCAGCGCACGCCACUUUCAGUACACUCCAUGUCCUCGACGCUGAGUGUGAAUAGUAAUGGAGCAACAGGAGCCGCCCUAACCACUGCGAAUGAGGAUCAACAGCCUGCUUCCCAAACGGGCACGCCAAAAAGAGCUACUUCGAUGCGUGUGAGUCGCCAGCGGCAUGAGAAGGUAUCCAUCAAGGUUUCUUUUCCAUCAUCGGAAAACAUGUUGGAAUCACCUCGUAUGGGAGUUACGCAGCAACCGCCACCCUCGCCUCACUAUGCCGUCAUCAGCAGCACCAAAACUGGUGUCAGCAACCUUACCAACGGUCGACGUGCGUCAUUCAAGAGCAGCCUCUUUGACAUUGGCGAAACGACCUUCAAUCUGGACACGGCCAGCACAACAGCAGUUGAUCUGGAGAGUGGCAAUUCGACUGGCUUGACAUCGGCCAAGAAGCGUUCCGGAAAACGGAGUGCAAAGUUCCAAGUGAAGCGCUUUCGCAUGGAGACAAAGGCGGCUAAAACACUCGCCAUCAUUGUGGGCGGUUUCAUAGUCUGUUGGCUGCCGUUCUUCACGAUGUAUCUGAUACGCGCCUUCUGUGAGGACUGCAUUCAGCCAACAGUAUUUUCGGUAUUGUUCUGGCUGGGCUACUGCAAUUCAGCCAUUAAUCCGGUGAUCUAUGCCCUCUUCUCCCACGAGUUUCGCAUCGCCUUCAAGCGCAUAGUCUGCCGUUGCGUCUGCACUCGCAGCGGCUUUCGGGCUUCUGAGAAUUUCCAGAUGAUUGCCGCACGUGCUCUUAUGGCGCCCGCCACUUUCCACAAAACCAUUUCAGGCUGUUCCGACGAUGGCGACGGUGUUGAUUUCAGCUGACUAAUGGGCAACUACGAACCGAGUCCCCUGCAGCGCACUGCCUCACUGCCGCAGGAAGCCAGCAUCAGAGAUGGUGAUACGGAUACCACGGGCAGCAGACGUAUACGGCGCGGCGGCUUCUGUAAGGGUCGUGUGCUCUAAGCAAGCCCAGCAGCAGGAGUUCCAGCUAUAACAACAACAACAAGAAAUACUUACAAAUACUUGACAUAAGGCAAUGCACAUCGCUUUUGUACUUUUGUAAACGCCGUCAGCCCCACUGACAUUUACAGUAUUCGCAUUGAACAACGUUGUAACAAUAUGGCAAUAAUUUUCACGUAUUUAACUAGGCAUAAGACAUAACAUACAUAUACUUGUACCUAUAUCCGUACUUUAAGCUAAAUUAAUGUUACUUCAAAGAAACACACUUUGAGCUAAGAACUUCGAGAUGUAACUACAUAUAUUAAGCAGGCCCACAUUUGUUUCACUUUCUUGUUAGUAGAGCUUAUCAGUUCAGUUUUAUGAGUAAUAUAAUAUUUAAUAUAUGUAUAUCGGCCAAUAAUUUGGUUAAGUGAAAAUAAUUUUCAAUAAAAUGAAAGCAAACAAA